AAAUAAUAAUAUGGGACUUACUAAGGAAGAAAAGAAAGCACUCAGGGAAAAAUUGACCAUGAAAGGCAAAAAUAAUGAAACCUUAUGGAGAACUCCAGGAGAGAUCGAUGGGAAGCAGUUUGCCAUAGCAGAUUUGGACGGUUGAACCGCACACGUGUUUGAUCAUACCUCACAGAUAUUGAUAGACAGGUGUAAAAAUACUACCUUUUUCUUCGGCCCUGUCAAGAAUUCAGUAUUCUUCAGGGACUGUGAGAACUGUGAAAUUUACGUGCCUUGAAAUCAAUUCAGGUGAAGAGAUUUGUACAACUCGACUAUCUACUUAUUUUGUGAAACAGAUCCUGUCAUUGAAAGCUCAGCAAAUCUCACAUUUGCUCCAUACAAUGUUUCAUAUCCUCUCCAAGACAAGCAUCUUGCUGCUUGUGAGUUAGACGCAAGCGCCAACAACUGGGAUAAAAUAUUUGAUUUUACUGAUACAAGUGAGGAAGGAGAGAAAACAAUCCACCACAGUUUGCUAGAUCCCUCUCAGUAUAGAAGAGUGCAGAAAGAUAUUGAAGGGUUCACUGAGGAAAAAGUGAAUCCUUUCCCUAUUCCAGCUCGUUAUGGAGGUGAUGCUCCUGAUAACGACCUUUCUCAGCAUGAAGGAGACGGUACUUUUGAUAUCAGGACUACCUCUAAAGAAGAUGCUGAGAUGCUGUAUCAACAACAUCAGGAGAAACAAAUGGAACAAGCAAACGACGUCCUCGGAAAUGACCAAUAUGAAUUUUCAGAAGAAACUAAGAAAGAACCAAACCUUACAGAGGAAAGAACAGCUGUAGACCAGUUAGAAAAUAAAAUGGAUAACCUCGAAUUUGGAUUUGAUGCUCCUAAGCAGAACCAAGAUUCUGUACAAGACGAUACACAGCAGAACUACACUGGAUUUGGGAAUACCAACUGGGAUACAGGAGAUAACCCAUCAAAUCAUGAGAACCAGUUCAAUGCAACUAAUGUGGCUUCUCAAGAACAGCAGGAUGCUGAUGAUGCAUUUGGAUUUGAAGAUUCUCCCAAACAACAAGACUUAGGCCAAGACGGAUUUGGUUCGGCUCCUGAUGCACAACAGCCUUCUGAAGAUGCAUUUGGAUUUGACGAACCUACAAAAGGAGACCAAAUUACCAAUAUUGGGGAAGAUGCUGAGGAACUUGCCCUCAUUGAGGCAGCUCAGAGGAGUAUGCAGGAAAGACUCAGCCAGCUUAGACAUAAAGAAGAGCAAGAACUGACAGAGAAAAGAGCUCGCAAACAAAAAGCCCAAGACGAGCUCAAUGAGUGGUAUAGACAGAAGAAUGCGUCUGGUGAAGCAAAGCGCAAGCAGAACAAAGAAGAAGAGUGGGCCUUUUUGCAAACCAGAGAAGAACACAAACAGAGCAAAAACCCCUGGGAGAAAAUUAUCGACAACGUGGAGAUUGAUCAAAGAAAAUAUCUCGGAGCCAAGGACGUAACGAGAAUGAGACAAGCAAUGCUAGCAAGAAAGCAAGAUUUGAAGAAGUCAUCUUAA